GUUUUCGAAACAAUUUAAAAUGGCGACACGGAAAACAGACGUGUGUUUUCUUAUUCUUUUCAGUUUUUCUAUGAUUUCAACUUCCCAUGGGUACAUAGAGGGACUUUAUUGUGGAGUAGAAAAUUGCUAUGAUGUUCUUGGUGUGGAUAGAGAAUCAGCCAGGACUGAAAUCUCCAAGGCAUACAGAAAACUGGCAAGGAAAUGGCAUCCAGAUAUGCACAAAAAGAAGGAUGCCAAGGAGAAAGCAGAGGUGGAAUUCAAAAGAGUCGCUAAUGCUUACGAGAUCCUGAAAGAUGAGGAGAGUAGGAAAGAUUAUGACUACAUGUUGGAUAAUCCAGAUGAGUUUUAUUCUCAUUACUACCGCUACUAUAAACACAGGGUGGCACCCAAGGUUGAUGUCAGAAUUGUACUCGCUGUCACAAUAUCAGUCAUCUCGGUCAUACAGUAUUGGUCAGCAUGGAACAACUACCACACUGCAAUUAAAUACCUGGUGACAGUUCCCAAGUACAGACUACAAGCCCAACAAAUAGCUAAGAAAGAAGGACUCCUGAACACGCAGAAAAAGAGGGACAGAUCAAAAUCUAAGGAGGAAAUCCGUGAAGAGGAAGAGGCAGUGCUGCGUAAUAUAGUUGCAGAAAAGAUGGAUAUAAAAGGUGGCUAUAGCAAGCCAGAUAUAUAUGGUGUGUUGUGGUUGCUCAUUUUAUUCAGCCCUUACUACUUAGUGAUGUAUAUCUACUGGUACGCCAGGUGGAUAUGGAAGUUCACUAUAUGUAGACAAGACUAUGGGGAGGAGGAACAAAUAUAUAUUAUUAGAAAAUAUAUGAAACUCUCACAGAGCCAAUGGGAUGCUCAAGAUGAAUCUGAAAUAGAAUACUUUUUAGAAUCUGAACUUUGGAUAAAAGAGAAUUUUCUGGAAUGGAAACAGCAAAAGGAAGAAGAGAUGAAAAUUAAACUAGCUGAAAAUUCCAGACACAAGAUGUAUAGAAGAUACAUGAAAAUGCAUGGACCAAGCCAAAUGACAUUUGGACCAGAAUAACAUAGAUAUAUUCCUAGGAUCUUAAAAUAAUUCAAAUA